CAGUGAACUUGUACCAGUCUCUCCAACGUGUCGGACUACACGUGUGUGCGUGUUCGUGUACGUGUUGAGAUGGCCGAUCUAUUGUGUGCAGAGAGGAUAGGAUCAGUAAGUGAGUCUGUGGCUGACUUGGACCCUACGAUAUUCUCUGAUCGUCGUGUUCUGGACAAUCUCCUAACGGAGGAGUCGCGGUACAUCCCGAGGUGCAACUACUUCGCCACGGUACAGACUGGGCUUCUACCGUUCAUGAGGAAGGUGGUCGCUACAUGGAUGAUGGAGGUGUGUGAGGAGGAGAGAUGUGAGUCUCAGGUGUUUAGCAUCGCUGUCAACCUCCUGGACCGCUUCCUGUGUGAGGUUCGGGUGGACAAGACUCAGCUACAGAUGGUCGCCUGUGUAUGUCUCCUGGUUGCCUCCAAGGUUCGCCAAUGUCAUGCGCUCUCUGUACACAAGUUGGAACACUACACCGACUACAGCGUCUCUUCCGACCAAAUCAGGCAAUUCGAGGUGGUGCUCCUCGCCCAUCUCCGUUGGGACCUCUCGGCAGUCACUGGGUACGACCUCGUGGACCACGUCAUGGAGAGGAUCACGUGGUCCAGAGACCAAUACCCGUUGGUGCGACGUCACGCCAAGACUCUGGUGGACCUCUGCUAUCUAGAGCCGUACCUGUUCCGCACGCCACCCUCUCUGAUCGCCUCUGGAUGUCUGUUGGCUGCUGCUCGUGGUCUCAAGGUGCCUGAAGCCUCCGUCGCCUCCAUCUGUGCUCUCACCCGCUGCUGCCCCGAAGACGUCACCCGCACCGCUUCCCACAUAGAGACGCUGAUGCACGAGGUCGCGUUUGCCACCCCCAGGUCUCCGCCAAGCCCCGCUCUCGCCGCCCCCAAAUCUGCCCACCCCCACGACCACGACACCGACGUCACCACCCCAACAGACGUCGACUAUAUAUUCUUCUGAAGACACGCUCCGGAGGGUUCACAAUCUGAUUAGAGUUUCAAUGUUGUGGGAUCUAAAAAACACAUUUUAAAAUAAAUAAAUUAUUUGUCUUUGUAACGUCUGCAGCCAUUCUUGGCAAAGGAUCGCGUAAUUUAUUGAAAUAAUGAUAAACAUUAAAUAAUUUAAAUAAUCAUAAAAGUUAAAAAUCAUAAUUAGUAGUCUUUCAAUAUUGAGUAUCAAACACGACAUCUUUGAAACAUGAUUUAUAACAUAAAACAUGUUAUACCACAAUCAUAUGAACUAUAUCAGUUAUUUUUUUAGAUAAUCUAAAUUAAAUGUUGUCUUUGUAUGUGUAAUGUAGGAAGAAAGCGGUAGUCUAUGAAAUAGACGUAUAUGCAAAUUACAGAAUAAUGUUUUUAACGCAAACAUGAAUAUUAAAAUUGACUUGUUAUAGCUAUGUUUGACCUUUAUGUACAGGGUAAUUUAACAAUUGCAAUAAUGGAGCUGACUUUUAUACAAUGACUGCUUUAUAUUCAAUUCAAUGCCAUGAUUCGCCUCUCCAUAUUAUACAAUAUUGCUUAAAAACAAUCAAUCAAAUACAAGUUUUAAGUGACUUGUAGUUUUAUGACAUUUUGGUACAGAGUGAUAUAAACUGUCCAUACUUUAUUUAGAUUUUAUACAUUUUAUACAGUGAAUGUUUUUAAGUUAACUUGUUUGCCAUUAUGUGCCUAUAACUUUUAACAGGUGCCUUUCUCCGCGUUUUUUGAUAUUGCAUCGGCUAACUGUUCUAGUUGAGAUGUUAGACCUGUGGAUAUGAUAUAUCAACAUAGAUUAUUAUCAACAUACUGUUAUCAACAUAGAUAUUAUCUGAUGUUUUUAAAGAAUUGUCUUUAUAUUUAUGCUAUACAAGAUAUUGACAUUACCCAUGAAUUCAAUCAAUCACUACUAUGACAUUUUUAAUCGGUUUUGAUAACCGCAAUGGAUUUAGAAAUUACCAUUUUUUGUAAUCAGGUUUUGAUAAUCUGGCCCUCCUUUGUAUACUUUCAAUGGUUGUAACAUAUAUUAUUAGUUUUCGUUUUAGUUACACAUGUUUGUUACAUUUAUUCAAACCAAAUGAAAAAACCAAAUAAUUUGGUUAGUUUUUAUAUUUAAGUUUUAUUUAUUAAGAAUGUAAUUUUGUUAUUGUUAUGAUCUCAAUGAAGUAUUGUAUUUUAAGAGUUAUUAUGCUUUCUCUUGUUUAUGUGUUUUAGUUUUACGCUAUGCAGUUGCAUUUUUGCACAAUUGAAUUAUUAUACUCGAUUUUUAAUGCCCGAAUUCUUUUUAAUUUGAACAAACUAUACUAAAAACGUUAUCAGUUUUGUAAUAGUUUAAACUUGUCAAAUAGUUUAGAUAAAUACUUAUUAAUACAUCGCUGCAAUUAUUUUAACUUCCACAGACAAUCUUUUAAUUUUGUUAUUUUAACUUUUAGAUUACUUACGGAAAAUACUAGUUGAUCUCAAUGAAGACUUAAGUUGGUGUAUCGCAACUGCCAUUUAGUAGUGAUAGUGCUUAAGAUCAGUAGAACUUAGCGAUCUGGUAGCGGUUUUGUGAUACCAGCAUUUAUACCUCAUUUAUAUACAGUGUUUUUGUUUAUUUAGCGUUUUAGUUUUACUCAGUAGAUUGUCUAGUCGAGAUCAAUUAAGUGAAUUUUACAAUCUAAAUAUUUCCUUUUCAAAUCCAUUAAUUGCCAAUGUGCAUAGGUGAUGUAUAUAGUUGUACCUAUGUAAAUCGUUUAUACUAGUUCUAGAUACUUUACUUGGUUUAAUUAAAUAAAUCAGA